AAGCAACCCAUGCAUACAAAAUACAACUAGACCUAGAUAUAGAGCUAAUAAUAAUUGGUGAUUAGUGCAACAUGAGACUCUUUUGAUAAAAAAGGAAGUUGCUCAAAUUUAGCAACAACUCAAGAGCAGUACUUGAAUUCAAUUUCUUUGCCACUCCUCUUUUAUCGCUAACAAGUAACAACAAAUCAAAAUUUCUCCUCUUUCUUCUUCAACUCUCUCUUUUCUCUCUCCUCUUUCUCAAUCACACUGGCACCUGCGUAAUCUAUUCAACACUCACAAAGAUGGAGUUGGAUCCCAGACAAUACGAGAACGUUGAUGUUAGUGACAGUGACAGUCAUAACAUUGUGCUAUCAUAUCUCGUACAUAACUGCUUCAAAGAGACCGUGGAGUCCUUUAUUGGUAGUACAGGGAUAAAGCAGCCUGCUAAUUGUCUUGAAGAUAUUGACAGGAGAAAAAGAAUUAUCCAGUUUGCCUUAGAAGGCAGUUCUCUCAAAGCUAUUGAACUCACUGAAGAACUGGCUCCCGGUUUACUGGAGGAGAACAAGGAUUUGCACUUCGAUCUCUUGAGCCUCCAUUUUGUUGAGCUUGUGUGCUUGAGAAAAUGCACAGAAGCUCUUGAAUUUGCUCAAAAGAAGCUGACGCCUUUUGGCAAGGUGCAAAAGUAUGUAGAAAAGCUUGAGGAUUUUGUGGCUUUGCUUGCUUAUGAGGAACCAGAAAAAUCACCCAUGUUUCAUCUUGUUAGCCUAGACUAUAGACAAGAUGUUGCAGAUAAGUUAAAUCGGGCUAUUUUAGCUCAUGCCAAGCAGCCAAGCUAUUCAUCCUUGGAAAGGCUGAUUCAGCAGACGACAGUGGUUAGACAACGCUUGAAUCAAGAAAAUAGCAAGGAUGCUAUACCUCCAUUUUCUUUGAAGGAUUUCAUCAAAAGCUGAAAACAAAAGAAAAAAGAUUCGAAAAUAUCAAGCAAGCGCGCAAGCAAGGUGCAGAUCAGAGGUAAUGCAUAUGCUGACUGGUUGUUCGAAGCUAUGGUCAAUAAAACGAGUUUGCUGAUGGAGAUGUCCUUUGAACGUUGGUCUUCCUGUCAUUCACGUUCCGGUGGCUGAACAUAAAACCUUUAUUUUUAUGUACAGAUUGUAAAGUUGUCAUUAAACUUAAUAGUUCAGUGUAGUUCAUAAAAGUUUACUCUAAUUUGACUCAGAAGAGCAUGAUUGGAAUUUUAGCCCUC